AUGGCGAAUCGUAGACCGCAAAGCAACGGUGGGCGUCGCAUGGACUUCCAACGCAAUGAUCGCGGGAAGAACUUCGGGCGCAGCGGAGUGUCACCGUGGCAGGGCAGUGGCCCCGGCGGCGGCAUGCCUAACUUGCUCCCGCUGUCGGGGGGCUCCACGGAGGCCACUCUGGCUCUAGCCAACAAUAUCAUCAAUCUGCUACAACCUCGUCAGAACCCUGUCCCUUCACUCCUCGAUAUGCCCAUCCGACGUGAUUUCGGACCCAACAUGGGUCGGUAUGAUCGUGGUUAUGGACCUACCAGGAUGGGCAAUCAAGGUAAUUUCCGGCGUACGGGAACUUACAAUCGCUCCGGUGAGCGUGUCAACAACAAUCGUAAACCAUAUAGGCCCAAUGAUGGGCAAAGGCAACAAAACAAGAGUUCCCCGAAAAAGGAGGCCGAUUCAAAGGCUAAACCUGUUAAGGAGAGCAAACCAUCCCGCAGUGAAACCGAAGAAAAGAAUGAUGCUGCCCCAACUGAGCAAGAUAAGGAGAAGGGUGAGGACACCAAGAAGGAGGCUCCGAAGACCAGAUACGACGACAUUAACCCUCAGCUGUUGAAAUGUCACAUCUGUAACAAGAGCAUGUGGGAUGGCAGGUCCUUUGAGAACCAUCUGAGUGGACGAGCUCAUGCUAUUAUGAUGACGAAGACGGCGGAGAGCUAUGCGCUCACUGCUGAUACCAUGCGUCAGGAGUUUAAGAUCCGCGAGAUGAAACGCACUCGCAAAGCAGGCCAGCAGCCCGCCCGCGACUUCUACUGCGCAAUGUGUGACAUGUACGCGGCCGACGGAGCCAUCCAUCGCACCACUGUCGGACAUCGCAAGCUCAAGAAGUACCUGCACCCCACCUGCACAUCCUGCCACAAGGAGAUGCCCACCAGGAUCGAGUUGGAUGAGCAUCGCCUUACUGCGGAGCAUCUGAGGAAUAUGCAGGACAAGCAGGAGAUUAUUACCAAGCCUAAGCCUGAGGUGAUGGUGAUCUCGACCUUGAACAUGGAGCAGCUGUACCUGCGCGAGGACAGGCAGCGUCGUCGCCGCAACGACGACAAGAACGGAACCGACAAGGAUGGAGAUGACGCUGAGGCCAAGGAGGGAGAGGGAGAAAAUCAGGAGGAAGCUAAGAAUGAGGGAGAAGGUGAAGCAAAACCCGAGGGUGAUGCAGAAGAGAAGAAGUCCAAACUGGACAAUGAUAAGACUAUCCUGGACUAUAAGGAGGGAGAUGACCUGACUGGAGCUACUCAGGAUAUGUUCCCGGCUUACAGCACUGAACGUGGUGUGGGCGGUUCAUUCCUGUCAGAAUUUCGCUGCGUACAGUGCAGCCUCUGCCGCAAGUUGCUGGAUACUGAUGAGACCGCGCAGGUACAUCUCCGCACCUGGAGACAUCAUCAACUCUUCACCAGGCUCCUGGCUGAGAAGAGCGGCACCCAAGUGCAGGGUAAUGAGACAAACAGUAACAAGAGGUCGUUGGAUGCUGAUGAAAACCCGGAUGCUAAGCGUCGCAAGCUUGAUGAUGAAACCGAGCAGAACGGACACGAUCAUGAUGAUGAGAACAAGGAAGAUGAAGUCCUGGACUCUGCUGCGGAGGACUCCAUCCUGAACAAGGAUGAUGGUGAGGGUGGCGACGCUGGCGAGGACAUGGAGAACUGGGAGCAGACCGUCGAUGAGAUCUUAGAGGAUGAGAAAAAUGACUCGGUACAAGAAGAGCAACCUGCACCAGAGCCACCCAAGCAGGAAGAACCAGUCAAACAGGAGCCAGAGAAGCCCAAGACUCCACCACCAGCACCACCAGUAGUCCAGGCCACCCCCGUCGCCGACAGGCCCCGGGGCUCCCCACGCGGACGCGGCCGUGGCCGGGGAAGGGGCCGUGGACGGUAUUAG